AUGGAGGUCACGCCCGUCGACGCGCGCCCGCCGCCGGGCCUCACGCCAACCGCAACAGAAAAGGUGGAAUUAUCAAGGGAAGCGAAGCGCGAGGUCGAGCUGUCGAUCAUGGAAUUGAGGGACGAGCUCGAGGAGGAGGGCCUCGACGAGGACGCGAUCGACGCGAAGUGCGACGCGCUCCGGACGAAGCUCCUCGAGGAGGCGGCCGAGGCGACGCCCGUGGAGGCGCAGCCCGGCCGCGACGCGCAGGACCCACCCGGUGAAACUCUCGCCCAGACGUCCUGCUCCCUUUGCUUGGGCCAGUGCCUGGCCGCCAUGUGCAUGAUGGUCUGCUGCGGCGAUUGCGGUUAGCGAGAGAGGUUCCUGGCUUGGCGGGGGAUGUCCACCGGC